AUGCUCAAUUUCAGUUUCUGUAGAAUGCUCUCUAAUCAAUCAGAGAAUGAAAUUAAUUAUUAUGUUGAAAUUCAUAGUCACAUUUAGUGGAAUAUUGAGAUUCAUUAUCCCUAGAACUCGCUUAUUCUAAUUUCCUAAAUUUUUGUAAUAUUUUUCAAAAGGCUUUGUUACGAUGUUUAUUAACUUAAAACCUUGCAAUUUUUCUCCUAGCCUUUUCCAUCCUUUUUAAAAUAAAAUGAGUAUUUGGUGAUUCAGGAUAUUAUCUUUUUUUUACCAAUUACAUUCUAAUUAUUGCUAAAUGGAAAAACUGAAUAAAUAUCUAAAUUUUAUCAAAUCGAGAAAAUCUUUAAGGAGUGGUUGGUAAGUAGUUUGUUUAUCAAUUGUGGAAUUCAUGUUCUGAUUGCCUUCUGUAGAUUCUUAAAUUUAUUUUGUGUUUGUUUUAGUUGUUGA